UCUGAAAUAGAUUGGCGGAAUGACUCUAGGUGGACCUUAUUUUAAUACAGUGCUGAUUUUAGUGAUGCAUUUGGACCACGUGUAAAUAUGGAGAAUAUCCCAGGAACUCCUAUGGAGCCAGCCGAUGGAAUGGGUUCAGACUACAGUCAGAGGACGAGUGUUAUUGUGAAUGAGGUAUGUGAACAGAGAAGAAAGUCUCUGGGGCACAUACAGUUCCAAUCGAUGAAUGAAUUGAGGGAGAAUCACGUGAAUAUCAACAAUAAUGUGACCCACCACGAGGGAACAACCAAAGGCACGCAAAAGAGUUACAAUGGAAGUGACCAGACUGAUACAAGGAGAUCCAGUAAACAGAACAAAGAAGGACUUGAUCCAGAAUCUCUGAUGUUCCGGGAUGGGCGACGCAAAAUUGAUAUGGUGAUUUGCUAUGAGGAAGAGAAUGAGGGUGUAAUGACGGAGCUUGAAGCGCGCCGACGAGAGCAGAGACGCGUCUUCCAGGAGAACCUCGUGAAGGAGGGCCUUGAACUGGAGCUAGAGGACAAGAGUCAGUCCUUCGAUGAGAAAACAUAUUUUCUCAAAGUUCACAUCCCAUGGCGCACAGAAUCCCGCUAUGCUGAAGUCAUGAAUCUCAAACUGCCAGUUAAGCGUUUUAUCACCAUUAGUGUUAAGGCUUGGGAUGAGGACAGGGCUGACAGCAAGAAGCCCAAUUGGUGGCGUAAAUACCUGCAGAAAUUCCGACAACUCACGGAAUAUGAUUACUCGUUAAUUGAUCGGGAGCCCUCUUUCUACGAUGCCACAGCUGGAGGGAAUCCCGAGGAACAGUUUAUUGUUAAAGAUCGAUGUACAACAUACACCAGUGCACAAAGGAGCUCCAUUGUGAUGCAGAUACUGAUGAGGACACGUUUCGAUGACACAGAAAAGGUGGGAAUACGACGCCUUCUGAAUGAUGGAACCUUCCUGGCGUGUUUUCCCCUCCACGAAGGCCGCUACGACACCCCACAUUCCAGUGGAGUUGUCUACGACCGUCGUCUCCUUUACCUAGAAUGGGCACGACCCAGCAAGUGGUACAAGAGGCAGCCCAUUUGCCUGGUGCGCAAGUACUUUGGCGACAAAAUAGCCCUCUACUUCUGCUGGUUGGGCUUCUACACGGAAAUGCUGGUGUACCCUGCUGUUGUUGGAUUCCUGUGUUUUCUGUAUGGCCUAGCAUCCAUGGACUCCGAGUACAAUACGCCCAGCAAAGAAAUCUGUGAUAUCAAUGGAGCUGGAAAUAUCACCCUAUGUCCACUCUGCGACAAGGCCUGCAGUUACCAACAUUUGUCGGAAUCGUGCCUUUUUGCACGUAUGACAUAUCUUUUUGAUAAUCCUGCCACGGUCUUUUUUGCCAUCUUCAUGUCAUUUUGGGCAACGACUUUCUUGGAAUUGUGGAAACGAAAGCAGUCUGUGAUCAUAUGGGAAUGGGAUUUGCAAGACAAUGAGAGUGAUGAGGAGAAUAGACCAGAAUUUGAGACGUCAGUCAAGACAUUUCGCACGAAUCCAGUCACGCGAGAAAAGGAACCCUACAUGCCAACAACAACGCGAGCCUUGCGCUUCAUAGUUACCGGUGCUGUACUUUUUAUGGUAUCAGUUGUACUGUGUGCUGUCCUCGGUACCAUAAUCUAUCGAAUAUCGCUGGUGACAGUGAUAUACAGUGGAGGUGGGAGUUUUCUGCGCACUCAUGCCAAAAUUUUUACUACCAUGACCGCUGCCCUCAUCAAUCUGGUCAUCAUCAUGAUACUCACACGGAUAUAUCACAAAUUAGCAAUUUAUCUGACGAAUUUAGAGAACCCAAGAACAACCACCGAGUACGAAGAUUCGUACACCUUCAAGAUCUUCUUCUUUGAAUUUAUGAACUUCUACAGUUCCCUCAUUUACAUCGCCUUCUUCAAAGGUCGCUUUUUUGACUAUCCUGGUGAUGAUGUUGUGCGGAAAAGUGAAUUUUUGCGCCUCAAAGGGGACAUCUGUGACCCAGCCGGCUGCUUAAGUGAACUCUGCAUUCAAUUGGCCAUCAUAAUGGUGGGCAAGCAAUGCUGGAAUAAUUUUAUGGAGUACCUUUUUCCAAAAUUCUGGAAUUGGUGGCGUCAGAGGCAGCAUAAAGCAAUGACCAAGGAUGAAACCCAUCUUCAUAUGGCAUGGGAACAGGAUUACCAUCUGCAGGAUCCGGGUAGAUUAGCUCUUUUCGAUGAGUACUUAGAAAUGAUUCUUCAAUAUGGUUUUGUGACGCUCUUCGUAGCAGCGUUUCCAUUGGCUCCCCUUUUUGCCUUGCUCAACAAUGUGGCUGAGAUUCGUUUGGAUGCCUACAAGAUGGUAACCCAGGCAAGGAGACCCCUGGCUGAAAGAGUUGAAGACAUCGGUGCUUGGUACGGAAUCCUAAAAAUUAUCACUUACGCUGCUGUUGUGUCAAAUGCCUUUGUAAUUGCCUACACUUCGGACUUUAUUCCACGGAUGGUGUACAAGUUCGUGUAUUCGGACCAUCACAACCUCGUUGGCUACAUCGAUCACUCCCUGUCGAUUUUCAACACAUCCGACUACAAGGAAGAAUGGGGAGCUACACCCGCCGAAUCCGAUCCCGAUACAUGCCAAUAUCGUGGAUAUCGGAAUGGACCUCAGGAUCCUGAUGACCCAUAUGGAUUGAGUCCACGCUACUGGCAUGUCUUUGCAGCCAGACUGGCUUUUGUUGUCAUCUUCGAGCAUAUCGUCUUUGUUCUCACUGGAAUCAUGCAGUUCAUCAUUCCGAAUGUGCCAAGUGAGGUCCGUACGCAAAUCCAGCGGGAACAGUUACUAGCCAAAGAAGCCAAGUACCAGCACGGACUCAAGAAGGCCAGGGACAAUGACUAUGAGGAUCUUAUUCAGGCACUUAGGGAUCAAAAUACAGGAAGUCGUGCCGGUUUUGGAAUUCGCGGAAGUUGGGCUAGGCGUCUAAGUCGCCUAAGUGAUGGUGUGGACGCUCAUGUGGACGUUCCAACGAAACCAAGACGUUCGAUGGAGUCAACGGUGUGGGAAGUCACCUAGCAGUCAAGUUCUCAGUGAAUCUCACUUGCCAUUUAGUAUUUAUAUCUUAAGAAAACCUCAAGACUAUCUGUAGUUGCUCUCUACAUUUAUUAAUGUUCUUUAGAGUAAAUGUUCAUUAGGUGUAAAUAAUAUUGGGGACAUGCACUUCUAAGAAUCGCAAAUAAAGUUUGCAAAAUCGAACUUUAAUUAGUGGAACAGCGCCAGUUAGUUUUCAUUUAUUUAGGGUAUGAUGUUUUCUUAGUACUUCGUCAGUUGAAUCAACAUUUGUAGUAAUUUCAUUUUUUAGUCUGCACGACCCACGUAACCCCUUAAAUAAUCAAAAAAAUCCACUGCGUCUCAAUCAUGCAGGCUCUCCCCUACACAUUCAGCCAAUAUGGCAUUAGUUCAAAACAAAACAAGCGACGUGACACAUAAUUUAUUCUGCACAUAAUUCAUAAAAUGCAGUCGAGUUCCUCAAAUUUGAACGACAGUUGAGUUCAAAAUGUAAAAUUUGAGGUUACGUGAAGAAAGUUUUACGUGGAGUCUGAAUUAGAACCAUUUUUCUCUGGUGUUUCCUCAUUAUUAUCGUAUUAUAUUAACUUUCGCAACAAAUUCCAUAUAUUUCACAACAAAUUAUAUUGAUAUAUUCUCUAAAGUUAUUUAUCUUAAUUUGGGAAAAGUGCAUUUUACAUGAAUUCCGUUACAUUUUUUUCUCAAUUUCGGGCAUUUGGGACCAAAAUGUCACCCGAAUUAGAGAUAAAUUCGGGCGAUAAAUUUUUUGAAAUGCAACGUUUUUUUAUUCAUCUGCAUACACAUAUUGAGUUUACAUACUCAGAUUUAUGGUAAAUUUCACGAAAACCCAUUAAUAAUGUAAAAACACAUCAAAACUAAGACACACCAUGGCAAAUUUGAGAUAUUUGCUUCAUUUAAUAAUUAUUACGAAAUUUUGAAAAAUGUCAACAAACUUUUUUCAAAUUUAACUGCCGCCCGAAUUAAAAAGUAGCCCGAUCGUAAAAGAGCUGAAUUAGAGAGAGUCUACUGUGAAAACUUGUAGGAACAAGGACAUUAUUCUGACUGUCCCUAUAGCCGUUCGACCGCAGAGGUUCACUUUAAAAGAAAAAUCCGCCGUGGAAUUUAUCUGUUAUUUUCCCGCGUGAGCCUCCACGGAAAAACCCGCUAAUAUGCUGCGUAGAGUUCCGCAGAGUUAUCAUCUUUCUUUCGCUUGGAUAGGGGGAGGUGGGGCCACUUUGAGAUGUGGGGCUACAUUGUUAUACGACUUUUUUUGUAUAUUUCUAAUGGAAACUGGGCUUAAACAUGAUGUAAUUUGGACAGACAAAAUUAUUGUGGAUCUAAAUAAAAUAAUUGUAAGAACCAGCUUCAUUUAGAAAUAGGAGAAAAAGUCGUAUAACAAUCUAGCCCCACAGCUCAAAGUAGCCCCACCUGCCCCUAUCUGCGAAAAGAUCCGAGGAAUUUUCUGUUAAUAUAUUUGAGAACAUUUCCUGGAAAUUGAAACAACAUUUCCUUUGAAUAUUCCAAGUCAAUUUUCUGAUAUCUUUCCAGCCAAGACUCCAUUCCUUCUGACAAUAUCUUAGCAUUUUAAUCAUUUUAAAUAUAUUUUCUCGAGCUAUUUACCAUGUACUUUCUUAUAAUGUCUUUAUUUUGGUUCAAAAGUUUCGUAUUCAGGGCUUAUUUAAAAAAUAUAUAUAUACAGUAGAGUCUCGCUAUAGGCCAUCGCUCUAUAGUCCACAAUUUAUCGACCGAACACUGAUUUUUAGUUAGGUUAUGUUUUUUAGUACGCGACAUGCAAUGUUGUCAUAAUUAUUUUAAUAUUUUUGGCAAACUUUAUUGAGUAGUUGUGAUAAUUGUGAUCCAUGAUGAAGAGAGCGAGGACAAGUACCACAAUCGCAAAGAAAGUGGAAGCCGUCGAGCAAAUUUCAAUACUAAAAGUCGUUGAUAAU